AUGUGGAUGGCACCUCAUCCCAAUCCGGCAGCUCCGAACCCCACCGCCGCCGCCGCCACCGCCACCAUUGCCGUUAACAAGAGUAAGAAGCAGAACAGUGGACAUCAUAAGAAGGAAGAACUAGAAAGAGAGGUGUCGACGCUUCAGAAAAUGCUAGAACACGAAGAAAAAGUCGGUGAGCUUCUAAAACACACGUACCACCAUGACCAUUCCGCUCUUCAUAUCCCCAAUUCGCUUCCUCCAAAGAUGAAGGAGUUAUUGACGGAACUAGCCAUGGUUGAGAACGAAAUAACAAGACUAGAAAGCCAAAUCAGCCAUCUUCAAACAGACUUAGACAAAGAGAGAGAAGCCACUAGAGAUCAAUCUAAACCGAAACAAGCGCAAUUUCGUCAAAUUCCCAUUGGUUCUCUAGCUCCGACGACCACAUCAUUGCUGCUACCAAAAUCUAGAGGUUAUGGUGACAAAUUGUCAUUUGAGACCAAGGCAUUGCACUUCAUUAGUAAAGCUAUAAAGGGUGAUUAUAGUCUCCGAGAUUUCAACUUACAUGAGAAGUCAAGAACAAAAAACGUAUCGUUCUCUGAUCAAAAAGAAAAUCAUGAGAACGAUGAGGAACUUGGGGUUCGUUCCCGUACCCCAAGAAAAACUGGGAUUCUAAAACCACCCUCACCUGCAAGAGAUACAAGGCAUGUAAUAACUCCUAAGAGAGAACGCAAUCCAGACGCAUAUUCAGAUCCCUCACAAAGAACACUACAGGCUACAAACCAAUCUGAAGAAGAGAACAUCCUAAAAUGGUCACCAAACAAGCUCUCUGAAAAUAUUAUGAAAUGCUUGAUCUUCAUUUUCACGAGGCUCCUCAGGACAUCGAGAACAAUGGAGCUGGAGAAAUCCGGCCCCAUUUCUAGAUCAGCCAACUUUUCGAUGAGUUUCAGGGCUGAACCCUGCUUGAACUCAAAGGCUAGCCUGCUGCUUCAGAAGGAGUCUAGACAGCAAGAUCCUUAUGGGAUCUUUAAUCUCGAAGACUCCAUUCCUAGAGACAUUGGGUGCUACAAGAACUUGGUUAAGUUCACAUCAAGUUCUUUGGACCCUAAAUGCAUUUCAAGUUCAAGUUACAUUCCAUUGCUGCAAAAGUUAAGAGCUUAUAUGAAUGGGCUACAAAAGGUGGAUUUGAUGUUUUUGACUUCACAACAAAAAUUGGCAUUCUGGAUCAACAUGUACAAUGCUUGUAUCAUGCAUGGUUUUCUUCAAUAUGGAGUUCCUUCUAGCCCUGAUAAACUACUCACACUCAUGAACAAGGCAACCCUUAAAAUUGGAGGCAACACGGUAAAUGCUCAAGCUAUCGAACAUGUCAUAUUGAGAAGGCAAGAAGCCUCUAAUGGUAAAGCAGAAAGGGAAGAUAAAGAAGCAGUCUUUCGCAAACAUCAUGGACUCGAAUCCAUGGACCCCAAUAUCACAUUUGCAUUGUGUUGCGGCACACGCUCGUCUCCCGCCGUAAGAGUAUAUACAGGUGAUGGAGUUGUGAACGAGUUGGAAAGAGCAAAGCUGGAGUACCUGCAAGCUUCAAUAGUAGUAACAAGUGGCAAGAAAAUUGGACUCCCAGAGCUUUUGGUUAGAAACAUGCAUGAUUUUGCAGCAGAUCUUGAAAGAUUGGUGGAAUGGUUGUGUCAGCAGUUGCCAACUUCAGGUUCACUGAGGAAAUCCAUGGUGGAUUGCUUUAGAGGAGUUAAUAAUACUGCAAAGGUUUCAUCCAUUGUGGAGAAGCUACCAUAUGAAUUUGAGUUCCAAUACUUGUUGCCCAUGUAGACAUUCAUAAUUACU